GUUCAUGUUGUUUUUCCAAGUCCGCACCUCUCGCCAUUUGUUUGUAUCAUCCUUCUAUGAUUUCUGUUUUUUUUUUCAUUUUACGUUAUUUUCUGUGUCGACGAUGCGAUUUUCGUAUUUGGGAGUUCUUAAAACCUUCGAUUUUGGUCGACCAGACAUUUUUUUCCAAUGAUUUGCCUUGUUGGGGAUGUCUUCCGUGGUGCAUUGUCUGAACGAGCGUAAGGGCUUCUUAGAUGAUUAACACAUUCCUGGGUUUGUGCUUCGUGUUGGGUCUCGAGUUUCGUGAUGUUAGGUUUUGUGUAUUCUUGAAAUUCUUCUACUGAGUUGUUGCUGGGCAUCGCUUGUGAUUCAGUAUGAGUUUUCCCGGUGCUUCUGUUGGUUCAAGCAGGGCUGUAGGAAGAGUGGUUGAGUUUGGGAAAACUCAUGUUAUUCGGCCAAAAGGUAAACAUCAGGCAACUAUAGUUUGGCUUCAUGGGCUUGGGGAUAACGGCUUGAGCUGGUCACAGCUUUUGGAGACCCUCCCCCUUCCCAAUAUCAAAUGGAUAUGUCCUACUGCGCCAUCUCGACCAGUAAGCUUGUUUGGUGGUUUUCCCUCCACUGCUUGGUUUGAUGUUGUGGACCUCAAUGAAGAUGCUCCUGAUGAUACGGAGGGCAUGGAUGUUACUGCUGCACAUGUUGCAAAUUUGUUAUCCAACGAGCCUGCUGACAUUAAAUUGGGUAUUGGAGGAUUCAGUAUGGGAGCUGCAACAUCUCUUCAUUCUGCAACUUGUUUUACUCUUGGUAAAUAUGGAAAUGGCAACCCGUACCCUAUCAAUUUAAGUGCAGCCGUAGGCCUAAGUGGCUGGCUUCCUUCUGCAAAAACAUUGGGUGGCAAGCUAGUCGAGGAAGCGGCCAAGAAUCGAGCUUCAUCCUUGCCCAUUUUACUUUGUCAUGGAAAAGGUGAUGACGUGGUACCGUUCAAGUUUGGUGAGAAAUCUACUCAAGCCUUGAUCGCUCACGGGUUUAAGAACUUGACGUUUAAACCAUACAGGGAGCUUGGUCACUACACAACCCCGCAAGAGAUGAACGAUUUAUGCGCUUGGUUGACAUUAACCCUCGGGCUCGAGGGCUGAAUUUGCUCGGACGGAAUGAGGUAAGUAUCCGUACUUUCGAAAGCUUACCGGCUUUUCCCCCGCAUGCUUCUCAGAGGUACAAUAUAAUCGGGCAUAGGUUGGGGUUUCCACUGUUCUUGCUUCUGUGGAAAAACUAAGUUAAAAAAGACAGUUUGGUCUUGCCGUCGACAAAGCAGCACAACAAAAAAUCACAAGACUUUUCUUUUCGGGUAUUUUAGAUUUUGAUUACAAGUGAUAUUCCGAUUGUCCGUUUGUAAAACAAAAGCCAUUUGAAUCGAAUUAUCAAAUUCGAUCAAAAAUAUUUAUUGGUUA